CUCUCUCUCUCUCUAAGUCGGCUUACUAAUCACGCGAAGCGAGUGGCUCCGUUCUCUCUCUAACUACGUCCCUUUCCCAACCAUCGAAAAGCUCUCUGUGCCGAAAGGUUUAAACAGAGUUACUGAACCAUUUCUGCAUCUUUCCAGCUUCAAAUCUCUGCAAAUAUGUUCAAGAAGUUUUCAUCAGAAGAUGUAUCGUCACAUAACCAGGUGAAGGCAUCUGUUCAACGUAAGAUCCGACAGAGCAUUGCAGAAGAGUACCCAGGGCUCGAGCCAGUAUUGGAGGAUUUGCUUCCAAAGAAAUCACCUCUCAUAGUUGCAAAAUGUCAAAAUCAUCUGAAUUUGGUUUUGGUGAACAAUGUGCCACUAUUUUUCAAUGUUCGAGAUGGGCCGUAUAUGCCAACACUACGACUUCUUCACCAAUAUCCACAUAUAAUGAAGAAACUACAGGUCGAUAGGGGUGCAAUCAAAUUUGUCCUAGCUGGGGCAAACAUAAUGUGUCCAGGUCUUACUUCCCCAGGUGGUGCUUUGGAUGAUGAAGUUCUGGAAGAAACUCCAGUGGCCAUCAUGGCUGAAGGAAAGCAGCAUGCUCUUGCUAUUGGUUUUACGAAGAUGUCAGCAAAAGACAUAAGGACCAUCAACAAGGGGAUAGGUGUGGAUAACAUGCACUAUUUGAAUGAUGGUCUUUGGAAGACGGAGAGACUGGAUUGAGGAUGUGGCGUUGGAGGAACCGUUUUGAAAGAACCGUUUCCUCCCUUCCUAUAUGAUGGCCAAGGUUCUAUAUAACACAGAGAGAGAAUGUAAAUGUUUACUACCUGAUAUACGUCGAGAUUAUCAAAGACUGUUCUUGUAUGGGUUUGCAAUAGUCCGUGCAUAUAUGAGGCAGCUGUUUCACCUUUUCUUUGCCUGCUCAGAUUGCAUGUCUCUGCGAUUUUGUUUUUGCUGGUGACUUGUAUUUGCCGGUUGAGAUAUUUUUUUCUGUUAAAAGAGAAAAUUAUUUAGUCAACACAUUUUGACAAAAUCUUGAAAAAGAAGUACUGAUGGUUGAUGGCCAGAUAGAUAGAAAGAUUUUGGCUGAAAAUUUUGUGGACAAUUGAUCA